AUCGCCAGUUAAUUGAGGGCUGAAGAAAAAAAUAACGGCUUUACGAUAGCCAACUAUCAAUCAACCGCCCACACUAAUUAAUUUGACAUAUAAGUCUGAACAGAAUUGAAGUCCAAGCAAUCAAGAGCAACAGCUGCCACGGAAACGGCACAGCACAUCAGGCUUUACUCUCAAAAAUAGUAGGAGGCAACAACUAAACGUACAACACACAUACCCACACAUACCCACACAAAAUGCAGUGCGGCCUAGAGCAAAUGAACGACUGCGAACGCUCGCCGAACCGGACCAAUCUCCGCGUCAACUUCAACGAGAAGGGUGCUGAGGUGAAGGAGCGACGCGAAAAGUUCCUCACCGCCAAAUAUGGUUCACAUCAGAUGAGCCUGAUACGUAAACGCUUAGCGGUUGAGAUGUGGCUGUAUGAUGAACUGCAGAAACUCUUUGAUCCACCGAGUGAGGCUAUCGAUGUGGAUAUAGAUGAAAUAUUAGAUAUGGACACCGACGACAUAAGGAGAUCCCAUUUGAUUCGGCUCCUUUCGGUCUGCAAACGCCCACAGUCGGACAUAUCGAAAUUCAUAAGUGAUUUACUUGAUCGUGCAAAGACGCUGUAAAUUAGCUGCGCUGGCGCGUUUGUUACUUUAGUUUUUUAUGUGUAAUUCCACGCAAAAAACGAAUAUAUAAAUUAUAAAUUUAGUUAAAACAAAAAAAAAACUAAAACAUAAUUCAGUUGAUAUUAGCGUUUAGCUCUCUACAAGUAUAUAAUAUUUUUUAAAUUUAUUGAUCUUAUUUGAUUUUAUUUUCUUUAUCAGAAAAUCAAUUUAGUUAAUUUACUUUAAUUGUAUUUAACCUUAUUUAUUACUAAGCACAAAUGAUAAUUUAAAUUAAAAAAACUUUUGUAUCAAGUUGCAUAAUAUAAAUAACACAUUAGAUUUUAAUCGGUUACAUAGUAAACACGAAACAAAGUGAAAAUAAAAACAAAAGUGUAGUAUAACCAAAAAAUAUUCAUACAAGCUAAGUCUAAUACUAGAUUACAGAAAUUAUAGUCGCAUUAAAAUUAAGGCAAAGUAAAAGCAAGACAACACAGAACAAGAAGAAAUCUCAAACCAAAAGAAAUUCGCGAAAAAUAAAAUAAAAAUAAAGAAUCAAAUAAAUAACUUUAAUUUGUAUGUGAGGCAAAGCUGACGUUGCCAGAAGAUUAUUGUAUAUGACUGUAUUUAUACAGUAUGGUGGUAGAAAUAGGCUCUGAAGUAAAACAAAAACAAAAAAAAUCUUAAUUGUGUUCAUCAAAAAAGUCAUCUCACAAACUUCAUACAUAUUUAUAUAUUUAAUGCUUAAAAUACACUUGUAUGUACGCAAUUUAUUUGCAAGAUUAAAAUAACAGACUAGAUUACAAGCACUCAGCUUUGAGAAAUAAGAAAUUUACUUACAUUUUUGGUUACUUUUUUAAGCGUGAAAUUUUUUAAGUCAAACCCUAACACUUUAAUGACAAAGAAAGAGGCCCAGUAAAAAUAGCGUUAUUUUCCCGAUGAGCAUACUACCAAUUUACCAAAAGUGUGCUUUUAAUAAAAAAAAAAAAAUAAUAAUAAAUCAGUUUUUGAACCACAGCACAAAUCUUUGGAGACAAAUUGUCCAGCUUUGAUGAAAUCAUUUCGUAGAAUUAUCAGACAAUUACUUUGGAAAACGCUUUUUUAUGUUAUUGCUAAGCAAGUUUGUGUAAUCUAUUAUAAUGUAGUAUAUUGAUUUGAAUUACAAAAUAAUUAGUCAUUGUAAAUCAUUUGAAUGUCUGUAUGGGUGAACGCGAUUUUGUAAAUUAGAGUUGAUCACCGAAUUAAAAGAGAAAGCUCAGGUUCACUGCCAAAUGAAGUAUUUAUGUGUGUAUAACACGAUGCAUGUAUGUAUGUAUAUGUAUGUAUAAAGGGUAUACAAGUACAUAUAAAAACGAUUAUGUACGCGUGUGAAGUAAAUAACUUUAACUUUAAAUUGAAGCCAAAACUUAUACUUGCUACGAGUACAGNUGUUUUUUUUUUUUUUUUUAAUACAAACAUAGGUUCGAGGUCUGAAAUAAUUUAUGGUGCUACCAAGCAUCUAAAGCGCUAUUCAGAGUUUUGUGAAAUUAAUUUCUUUUUUUGUUC